AUGAACAUCAACACUGAUCCAAAGCACCUGGCGAGUAUCUCUCAGGCCCCAAACGAUAGUACAACUUUAUUGCAGCACUUGCUUACGGUAGAAGAGAAAACGAACGACAGCAGUCAGAGCCUGAAGGCAAUUGUAUCACAGGCUACGGGGAUGGACAAGGACCAAUUCCUCAAAUCAACUCAACUGGAUAACCAAGCUCAAACUGUAGUUGAGGAAAGGGCUUUAAUGCUCGAUUAUAGUGAUAAUGAGGAUAUGAAUAGCGACACCAUUACCAAGCGUAACAAGAGCAUCAAACGCAACAAGAGCACGAAAGGUAGCAAGAGCAACAAGAAUAAGAAGAGCAGCAAGAGUAACAAGAGUAGCAAUGCGAGUCAUAAAGAGCUACAGCUCAAGGAGUUCCUCCCUGCGGCCAAUUCUAAUGAAGAUAUCACCAAGACGGUUGUGAUAACGGAUGAUCAGAAGGGGGAUAAUAGUGCUUGUGAUGACUAUGGGAAGGAAAAGAAGGGUGAAAGUGGCCGCCAUAGAAAUGUUCAAGAGGAAGAAGAGUCUACAGAUGAUAUACAGGAUAAAUAUGUGAAGGACAAUCUUUUCCGUCUGCAACAUGGGUUCAAAAGAGAAGAAUUUGCCCUUACUGCCAAUAUUCAAGAUAACACCUUAAAUGCUCUUCAAGAGCUGACACUCGUCCAUCGUCCUCACACAAGCAACUUUAGGAUAUUGAUGGAGCAGAUUCGUGCAAUGCAAGCUGCUGCUACUGUUUUGCAAUUUGAUGGCUCAGACACCAUUGAGAACGUUGUCAAGAAGUGUGAGCGCGUCUUUUUGUGUCACCAAAGUUUUGAUCAGGUAUUAGAGUCGGAACCUACGCAGUACGAGGCCAUCAAAUCGUUAUAUCAACUCGUCAGGAGCUGCCAUCGUGAUACCACAGAAUUGAUCCAGGACUGGUCCUUAAUUUACUAUACCCUGUUGGAUCUUGUCCAACGAUUCCAGACCCUCCUUGGCUCAUCGGUUGCUGGCAGUGAAGGAGGAGGAGGAGGAGGAGGAGGAGGAGGAGGAAGUGCAGGAGCAACGUCAACAAUAUCAACAAUAGCAUCAGCAGGAUUAAGCAUCAAAUCACCCAAGGCCCGUAAAUCCAUUUUCUCUUCUUCUUCUUUAUUAUCAUCUUCUUCUAAAAAGUAUAACAAUGACGCUAUUGCUUCUGCCGCUGCUGCUGCACGCAUCCUCGUUCAGAUCCCAUCAGAGGCCUUUCAGCACCACAAAGACGUCUGUGCCAACUGGGUAGCUCAGAUGAGAUCGUUUCAACUAUUAGCUCAAGCCUACAGAAGAUUUUCAAACCAAGCUACCGAAUUUGUGUUGAUCAAGGAGAUCGAGAGUAUUACAAAACAUUGUGGUGAAGAGAUCCAAUCCAUCUUUGAAAAGGCUCAGAUGGAAUUUGAGAACACAAAACAACUUUAUCAACUCCAUUAUCAGAUUGAUUAUACCAAUAUCCACAAGGUCUUGCCUAAAGAAAAUGCACUGACCACAGCAGAGGAACGAAAGGCUCAACCAAUCCACCCUGUCUUCUCGAGAGAUAGGAUUGGUCAUCUACAGUUGAUUCGUUCAGGGAAAUUGACCGAGUAUGUUUCUCCCUCGCAAGCAGUAUCCCCCAACAACGAUAAUAACAACAGCAGCAGCAAAAAGAAGGGGCCAGUCGCUGUUUCUUCUUCAGUCCCUAAAGAGUACCAACUGAUCAUUGUCUCGGGGUUGAUUUACCUCUGCGAGAUCAUUGCAACACCUAUCACCACCGCCACCACUACAGCUACUACUACUACCACUACCGCUGUCACUGUCACUGUUUCUACUGAUACUCCUACUACUAUUACAGCUGUAGAACAUCAAGAUAGCAGUGACAACACCAAAAGCAGCAGGAAAGACGGCCCUCAAAAGGGAACAUCACUAUCAUCACCAUUACCAUCACUUCAAAAACAGCUGCGAUUGUUACAUGAACCAGUCCUUGUGAUUGACUCACAGAUCUCAUCUACACCAGAUGUGAUCCAUCCUCCUUUGAUUCAAAAGAACAUUGUGAUGGUAUGCUUCUACAACCAUACAAGUUAUAUCCUUCAAGCAGAGAGCUCUGAGGAGCGUGAUGCUUGGAUCAAAUGCUCGCGUAAGCUGAACAUUGAGCAGCCUAAGCCUACAGACGCUUGCCGCGAACAAGAUGAAAAUGAAGAAAUUAGACGCACUGGCAGCACUACGAGUAUCAACACUGUUGGCAGCAGGGUCAAGUCUCAAAAAUUGUCGUUCCUUAAGCGUCUGAAGGCUCUUCGUAAAUCCAGUGCCAACCUCACAGAGGACUCGGGGCCGAUUCCUGAGAUCGAUCCUGAUCAACUCACCCGAACAGAAGAGGAAGAACAAGCUCGCCGUAUGCAGCUUGGUCAGCCUUCACUCUGGGAAGUUCGCCGUCUUCCCUUGGACCUCGGGGUGAUCCCCCCUCUAGAACAUCCGAUCCCGUUCCGCAAGAGUCAUCUGUAUGACUCCAGUGUCCAGAUCGUGGACUUGACGUCAGGCAAGAUGGCACCUGGAGAGUUUGGUAUGGGCAUCGAAGACCGUGCAGCUUAUUUCCGAGACGAAUGUGCCCUCUUUGCAGUCCUCCGGCCUGCUCGCCUGAUUCCCUUCAACGAUAUUGAUCGCCAGCGAGACGAUUUCUUCUUGUGUUGUAAGCGUCUCCAUAAGGGCGAAGUCAUGUUUGUGGAACCUCCCUAUAUCACAGAUUUUUAUGCUCGCAGCUGGCUGCAUCCAGAUCUACAUAUCGAAUUUGAACCAGAGACACAGUCGGUGAUGAUUGCAAAGAUGUAUCGAAUCAUCUGCUCGAGUUCCGAGAUCGUGGCUGAAUUUCAAAAGUACCAUGCCUGGCUUAUGAGGAAUGCUCGGAUCUCACCCGACAACACGUUCCUCUGCAUGGAUUACCGUUCUCAUCCUCUCAGGAUCGCCAAGAAAAUCGAGCGAGCUAUCGGAGCCUCUACGGGCACAAGCUCUCCGGAUAUUAACAAGGAUUUAGAAGCAGGCCGUAAAUACACAGAGCUGGGCGAAUGCAAUGUUGAGUUUCGUCGAAUGUCCAACGCACCAGACGCACUCUCUGUAGGGUUUUAUAACCCAGGAACUAAACGAGAUAUGGCAGUUGGGGUGAUGGUCUUUGACAGGAGUAAAGUCAAGGCAACGGCAUCGAGUCUUGGUCUGAAUGCUCUCAGUGCAUUGGGGCCUUCGAAUGGAGUGGUUCGUGUUUCACCUCAAGAAAUGUCUUUGACCCUGUGGCAAACGGAUGCCAGGACUCGACCCACCUUUGUGAAGGGCCAGCGCAUCUUUGAGACAGUCAAGUCCAAGUCCUUGGACGUGUUCAAAAUCACGGGUUCUCGUGAGGCAUUGGACGAACUUGAAGAUUUCAUGCGCGUCAAGAAUGGAACGAACUGUACAGCUCGAGAUAUCAAUGAAACCUUCAAGAUGAUCAGGACUGCCUUUCAUAUGGAUGUAGUCAAUGCUCUCCUGGAGGAAGAGGAGGAAGAGGAGGCAGAGGAAGCUGAUGAUGAGGAUGAAGAAGGAGAAGAGGAAAAGAAUGAUGAAGGAGAAGAAGAAGGGAACGAGGAAGAAGAAGAAGAAGAAGAAGAAGAAGAAGAAGAAGAGAGGCAGGAAAUGGAGGCCCAAAGGUAUGAUACGGUUGAGUGCGGAGAUGAAACAGAUCACUCUCAGAGCACUUUUGAGCAAGCCUUAGUGUUUAACCACCGCUCAGAUGGGCUUCUAGAGACCGUUCUUGAAGAGGAAGAGGAUGAAGAAGACGAAAGAGAUGAUGGUGAUGAGGAAAGUGGAGAUAACACAGAAACCCUUCGUGGUUCCGCCGACACUUUCCGUCUCAAGAGUAAAAGCACAUUGAAGUUGAUGUAUCAGCAACAGCAACAACAACUCGCUGCCGCGGAAGUACAGGCGAAGGCUCUUAAGGAAAUGGUCUUGCCUCCGAUCGAACUAGCCCUCCAUAGCUCGUUGUUAGAUCUCCUCCAAGAGUCUAAUGGACCUGAGGGGCAGCAGCAGAAACAGAAGCAGCAGAACCAGAAGCAGGAUCAGAAGCAGAAGAAGCAGCGGCGACAGCGACGACUGCGACAGCAGCAGCGAGAGCAAGAGGAAGAAGAGGAGGAGGAGAAAGAGGAAGAGGAAGAGGUGACUCCUUCUGUUGCAGAUCUGACACAGUUCUGGGCCAAGACCACCAGUGCUGUUGUUUUAACUCGUUCAGGACCAUCUUCAUCAUCGAGCAGUGCAACCUCAUCAUCGACUUCAAUUCCAAGCUCAGCCUCCGCCCCAACUUCACUUUCAGUUUCAACCGCAUUUCCAUCCUCAACCAUGACCACAAAAUCAUCCCCAGCAUCCACUCCGAGCCUAAGCCCAAGCUCGACCUUAAGCUCAACUUUGCCUUCAAGUUCAGUAUCAACGCCUACCUCCGAUAUUGCUGUACCCGUUAAUGAAUCCAGAAACAACAACAACGGCAACAGCAUUUCAGAGUCCGCUUCCUCCGUAAAGUUUUCUACAAUCAAGGAUCCCUAUUCACGCAAUGCUCUUACAGAUUCCGAAAAAACAUCAACAGGUGAGAAUGGCAAGGGUAUUGUGGUGGCGACGCGUUAUCAGAUCAAGCGACAAGCAGCAGAUGGCACUAUCAUUGAAGACACGAGCAAUGAUAUCGAGCCUGGUGUUGAUAUGGAGCAUCAUAUGCCAGUCAAGGAUCUGAAGGAACGUUGGGAAGAGAUUUGUCGGCUUGGCAAAUAG